AUGACCAUAGUUCUUUCCAAUAAUUCUCAUCUCUUCCCACAUACUUUCUUUUUGGCUGGCAUUCCAGGGCUGACCGCAUCCCACGUUUGGAUCUCACUGCCGUUUGGCUUCAUGUUUGUCCUCGCAGUGACAGGGAACAGUGUCCUGCUUUUCCUCAUUCGGACGGAGCGCAGUCUUCACCAGCCCAUGUUUUUGUUUCUGGCCAUGCUUGCCUUUGUCGACCUGGUCCUCUCUCUCUCUACUUUGCCCAAGAUGUUGGCCAUUUUCUGGUUUGGUGCUACAGCCAUCAACUCCCACUCCUGUCUUUCCCAGAUGUUCUUCAUUCACGCAUUCUCUGCCAUGGAGUCAGGGGUGCUGGUGGCCAUGGCCCUGGACCGCUUUGUGGCCAUUUGCAACCCUCUGCGCUAUUCAAGCAUUCUAACUCCAGCUGUUGUGGCCAAGAUUGGAGGCCUGGUAGCCCUUCGAGGUGUGGGGCUGACCAUCUCCUUCCCAAGCCUGGCCCAUAGGCUACCUUAUUGUGGCUCACACACAAUUGCCUAUACCUACUGCGAGCAUAUGGCCGUGGUGAAACUGGCCUGUGGUGCCACCACCGUGGACAACCUCUAUGCCUUUGCUGUGGCAAUCUUUCUUGGUGUGGGGGAUGUGGCCUUUAUUGCUUUCUCCUAUGGACAGAUUGUGAAGACAGUGACGCGUUUUCCUUCACCAGAGGCACGUGCUAAAGCGGGUAGCACGUGUACAGCCCACGUUUGUGUCAUCCUCUUCUUCUAUGGACCAGGCUUUCUUUCUGUGGUCAUGCAGCGGUUUGGGCCACCCACAGCUUCUGCUGCCAAAGUCAUCCUUGCCAAUCUCUACUUGCUCUUUCCUCCUGCGCUGGACCCCAUUGUCUACGGAGUCAAGACCAAGCAGAUAAAGGAGAGGUUGUUGUCCAUUCUGAGUCCCAGUCGGAUUGAUCCUACGUGA